UGCACUUCUGAUCAAGAAUGGUGCUAGUGUUACAGCAGAAUGCAAGGACGGAUUGACGGCAUACAUCUAGCUUGUCAGAAUGGACAUGAAUCUGUAGCCGCACUUCUGAUCAAGAAUGGUGCAAGCAUUACAGCUGAGGACAAGGACGGAUUGACGGCAUUACAUCUAGGUUGUCAGAAUGGACAUGAAUCUAUAGCUGCACUUCUGAUCAAGAAUGGUGCAAGUGUUACAGCAGAAUGCAAGGACGGAUUGACGGCAUUACAUCUAGCUUGUCAGAAUGGACAUGAAUCCGUAGCCGCACUUCUGAUCAAGAAUGGUGCAAGUGUUAAAGCAGAAUACAAGGACGGAUUGACGGCAUUACAUCUAGCUUGUCAGAAUGGACAUGAAUCUGUAGCCGCACUUCUGAUCAAGAAUGGUGCAAGUGUUACAGCUGAGGACAAGGGCGGAUGGACGGCAUUAUAUCUAAGUUGUCAGAAUGGACAUGAAUCUGUAGCCGCACUUCUGAUCAAGGAUGGUGCAAGUGUUACAGCAGUAACGACACAUGGAGUGACGGCACUACAUCUAGCUUGUGACAAUGGUCAUGAAUCUGUAGCCGCACUUCUGAUCAAGAAUGGUGGAAGUAUUACAGCUGUAAAUAAGAAAAGACGGACGGUAUUACAUCGAGCUUGUCAGAAUGGACAUCUGAUCAAGAAUGGUGCAAGUAUUACAGCUGUAAAUAAGAACAGACGGACGGCAUUACAUCUAGCUUGUCAGAAUGGACAUGAAUCUUUAGCUGCACUUCUGAUCAAGAAUGGUGCAAGCAUUACAGCUGUAAAUAAGAACAGACGGACGGCAUUACAUCUAGCUUGUCAGAAUGGACAUGAAUCUGUAGCCGCACUUCUGAUCAAGAAUGGUGCAAGCAUUGCAGCUGAGGACAAGGACGGAUUGACGGCAUUACAUCUAGCUUGUCAGAAUGGACAUGAAUCUGUAGCCGCACUUCUGAUCAAGGAUGGUGCAAGUAUUACAGCAGUAACGACACAUGGAGUGACGACACUACAUCUAGCUUGUCAGAAUGGACAUGAAUCUGUAGCCGCACUUCUGAUCAAGAAUGGUGAUGGUGCAAGUGUUACAGCAUUAACGAGACAUGGAGUGACGGCACUACAACUAGCUUGUCAGAAUGGACAUGAAUCUGUAGCCGCACUUCUGAUCAAGAAUGGUGCAAGUGUUACAGCUGAGGACAAGGGCGGAUGGACGGCAUUAUAUCUAGGUUGUCAGAAUGGACAUGAAUCUGUAGCUGCACUUCUGAUCAAGAAUGGUGCAAGUGUUACAGCAGUAACGACACAUGGAGUGACGUCACUACAUCUAGCUUGUGACAAUGGUCAUGAAUCUGUAGCCGCACUUCUGAUCAAGAAUUGUGCAAGUAUUACAGCUGUAAAUAAGAAAAGACGGACGGUAUUACAUCGAGCUUGUCAGAAUGGA